AUGGUCUUCUUCGACACCGUCGCCCGGUUUUUGAGGCUCUGGAAAAGCCAUCUCAUGCGAGCUGUGUCUAGCGAUGGCGCUAGCUACAAGGUGACCUUCGUUCGCAAUGUGACGGACAUUGAGCCUGAGCUGAAAAUCCAGCACUUCUGGAAUUCGUGCUCUUCUUCUGACAUUUCUUGUGACGACAAGAUCAUCAAGAGAAGCCUGGAAUCGGGGGAGACGGCAGAAGAGCUGGCCCGGAGGAUGGAGCGCGAGAUGCAGGCCGAUGCCCAGAGUCUCGGUUGCAUCGCGCCUGAUUUCGAGCCGCGGGUCUCCGAGCACUUGGCCGAGAUCAAGGACAUGGUGGGUACGUUGGUGGGCAAAGAGUUCGCCUAUGUUGGAAAGGAGGCCCCUGACGACGACGGUGGCGACGUCUACUUCCGUGUCCGGCGCUUCGAGGAGUAUGGCCGGCUGUCAAGGUGCAGCCUGGACGGCAACGAAGCUGGUGCUCGGGUCGAGGUUGCCGGGGUGAAAGAGGCUCCGGAGGAUUUCGUGCUGUGGAAGUCCGCCAAGCCGAAGGAACCUCACUGGGACUCGCCCUGGGGGCCUGGCAGACCGGGCUGGCACAUCGAAUGCAGCGCCAUGGCAAAGAAGUUCCUCGGAGACACCUUGGAUAUCCAUGGCGGUGGGCCGGACCUCAUCUUCCCCCAUCACGAGAACGAGAUCGCACAGAGUGAGGCGGCCAACGGCAAGAGUUACGUGAAGACGUGGAUGCACUGCGCUGCCGUGCGCGCUGCGGGCAACGAGAAGAUGUCCAAGUCACUGGGCAAUUUUGUCACCAUCCGCGACGUUCUUGACAAGUACGAUGGGGAGGUGAUCCGCUUCUACUUGCUCAGCUCACAGUACCGCAGGCCCAUGCUCUACGCGGAGAGCGCCCUGGCAGAGGCCGGAAGAAAUGGACCACAUCGGCAACAUGGAAAGAACACCUUUCAUGGGUCUCUGAAAGACUGGAGCGAACCGAAGAGGGAGAGAAGCUGCUGCCACUGCAGGCUCACGCACGUUUCUGUUGGCCGUUUGGAUCUUCGGCUCCAGAAGAGGUAUGCCGGGGCGCGGAAACUCGCAGCCAUGCGAAACUUGCCACUGACGGAGGACUCCGUCGACCAUGGCGCCGUUGCUUGGGUCUCUGUCUCCACGGCACUGGUCUUCUUGAUGACGACAGGACUCGGCUUCUUCUACGGCGGCCUGGUGCGCGACACGAGCAUUGUCAGUACGAUGAUGAUGAGUGUGCUGGCGAUGGGCGUGGUCACGCUAACCUGGAUCAUCUUUGGUUUCUCGUGGGCAUUCGGCGGUGACGGCCCUGUGGUUGGAAACUUCGAGUAUUCGCUCUUCAUGAACCUCGACAUGAUGAUGUGGAGCGACACGGGGCUUCCUGGCCUUUGCUUUGCCUGCUUCCACUUGACUUUCGUCGUCUUGGCCUCGGCGAUCAUCUCGGGUUCUCUCGUUGAGCGCAUUCAGCUGAAGGCCUAUGUUGUUCUGGUGGCGCUGUGGUCGCUCCUGGUAUAUGCUCCGCUGUGUCACUCGGUCUGGGCCGAGGGCGGCUGGAUCAAUGACAUGGGCCAUCUGGAUUUUGCGGGAGGGACGGUGGUGCACCUCAGCUCGGGCGUUUCUGGCUAUGUGGCAGGAGCUAUACUGGGGCCUCGCUUCCACAUUGACAAGGAUCAGGAAAGUUCCGGCAACAUUCCCUUCGUGAUCCUCGGGGCUUCCAUGAUGUGGUUCGGCUGGCUUGGCUUCAAUGGGGGCUCAGCCUACGGAGUCAAGGACGGCGUCGCCUCGCGAGCAAUAGCCUCCACCCUGGCGUCAUCAGCCUCUGCGCUGAGCUCUUGGCUGCUCACCGAACGGAUGGUGAAGGGGCGCUGCACCGGCAUUGGGGCUUCGAUCGGUGCAGUCGCGGGGCUGAUUUGCAUCACGCCUGGCGCUGGCUACAUUGUACCCCCAUUGGCUCUCAUCGUGGGUGCACUUGGCGCUCCCUGGUGCUUCUUAUGGGUGGAGAUCAUGAACCGCGUGCAGCUAGUGGAUGACACCCUGGACGCUUUUGCCUUGCACGGCAUGGGUGGAUUUGCAGGGACCAUUCUGACGGGCAUCUUCGCAAAGGACAAAGGCCUCGUCUACUCCGGAAGCUUCCAGCUCCUAGGAAAGCAGUCGCUUGGAGCACUGGCAUGCGCGGCGUACGCAGCAGCUGCAACUGCCCUCAUUAUGCUCCUCAUCUACUUGGUGAUGAAGUUGCGCAUCUCGGAAGAUGUCGCCCUCUACGGACAAGAGGAGUCCCCGUACAAGUUUGCCACGCACAGCCCCAUGCCCAUCAAGCCCAUCCGACCACUGCCAGAGAGCUCAGAGGAAAGCGCUUCCUCGACGGCCUGA